AUGCGAUUUACUACCUUUGCCGAUGAGGAAGAGUCCGAUGAGAAGGAGCAACUGCCGACGAUUGUGCCUCAGGCUGAGGCCUUUGGCUCAAGCAGCCUCGCAAAUUUGUGCUGCCUCUUCAGUGGCACUGAGGCCAAAAAUAAGGGCGAUGACGAUGUACGUAACCUCUGGAAAACUCAGGUACAGUGGAAAAUCGCUCACUUUUCUAAUUUAGGGUAUCAGAGCUAUCCAACUCGUCACUGCGCAAACUAG